GCGAAUUGUGGCGGAAGGCAUUGUUGAUGGUGGGCGACGACGAUGACACACUCUGUUCGACGGCAGCGGACGCCGAGAUCCAUGUUUCGAUGGAGGUGACGGCGUGGGCAUGCGAAGUCAGACAACUUCUCUCUCGUUUCAUGUGCCUUGGUUCCGCUGUGUCUGUGCCUUUCCGUCCCGACAAGCUGGGCCAACCGUCGAGCAAAGGCGACGACACCAAAGGUUUAACAGACUCUCGUGUAUACAAAUUAACUCGGAUGACCAAGUGCCCAUUGCUGUGGACGCUGCAAGGAGAAGCAGACGGUGUGGUGCUUCGGUCGUACGGGCGUCACGACGUGGUCUUGUUUCCUCGAGUCGUCGGGACAUUAGCUAAGUUGCACCGACAGAUCGGUUCUCUCGAUGGUCUUGCAUUCGUGCGGAUAGAUGCCGUUCCUUUGAAGCUCUCGACUCGGCCCGACGCCACAAUCCGUGAAAUGUGCGACAUCCUCCUCCAUGUCCAAGCGUUGCGGCGCACUCGCGAAGUGAUCAAGUCCACGCUACAAGCUCUUGGCCCGACAGUGUAUGCAGCAUUCCAGCGCGACUUGACCUCCAAGUAUCACAAGCUAGCCCUGAUGUACAUGAAUAACUACAUCAAGAACACAGCACCCGAGCGAAAGCGGUGCCAGGAACGUAUUCGGACACGGCAAACUCAAUUCAAGACCUGGUUUGCCCACAUGACCAUCGACGCUCCCUCUUCCACCAGCACCCCGGCAGAAAAGGAAGACGACCUCUCCAACACUGCAGUCAUCGACUUGGCGUCGUCGCCACCCCCUUCAACUCAACUCCACGAUGCCCAACCCGAACGAAAAGAACUAGCCCCACAGGACUCGGUCGGGUCGACUCCUUCUCUAGCGACUAGUAUCAACAUCCAGCCGCGACCACCGUCCCCGCCACUCCAUUUAUCUUCCGAUAUGGAUGUUGAUAUGGAAAUCGACGCGUCGCCGCCGCCUGUCGAGCUCGUGCGACGAAACCCCGCCAAAGGUCGAAUUGUCCACUGGCACGUGGAGAAACUGGUCGUCGCUUGCCGCGUUUCGAAUCCGGACAUGCCAGACGCGCGAGACGUGGCGGAGAUUAUGAAGGAAGCAAUGGACUACCUCAUGCCGCUCGACUGCUUCUCGGCCAACCAGUUGAAUCAGACGAUGCUGGCCAUUGAAGCCGACUUGGCGAAGCGAGAUGCCGUCGACAUUCGCCGUCUUGUGGCUCCACUCGCCCUGAGUCCAUACCUCACGUCGUUCUUUCCGACGCCGUUGAAGAAAGCAGUCAAGUUGCGCUCGCUUAACAGCCGCGGGUGCCGCGUCCACUUCAGCGACAAGCUGCACCACGUCAAGCACUUUCACUUUGACGAAGCCCCGACGGCAGUGCAGCAGGCACUUGUCCACGUGAACAACGACAACAUUCGCGAGGGUGGCCCGAUGCUCCCGAGGCGGCCAAGCCUUCCGUCGCAUCCGUUUGUCGAUGCCAGGCCUGCCAAGUACAUUCGAAGGAAUUGAAUGGCGCUCGUUCGUUCCAUUUGAACAUUGAGAGCGUCCACCUUUGAAUGUGACGACGUUAUGGUGUCAUGC